AUCAUGUCCAUCUCUUUAUCAUAGAUUGAAGUGAACUAUUUUAAUAUACUUACAUCGAAUUCUGUUCAGAAAAGGAAAAGGUUAAACUCUCAUACUAAUGCAGUGUAGCUUCUGUAAAUGAAAUGUAUUACCAAGCAUAGGUAAAUCCAAGCAGCUUGAACAAAAUCCAAGAUAUUCAAAUUGUUUUAACCCAGAUUUUAGCAAACGAAAUCAUCUUGCCUUGAAAAUAUUAAGCCUGACACCCAGGUUCGCACCAAGCUGGAGAGUGUAUCAAUGCCAUUAAUGAUGAAAACAUGUCCUUACUUAGUGUUUUUUAUCAUAUUUCUGAAUAGCUAUAUCUUGGAAUAAUGUAUUAUAUAAGUGUAUUUUUCAUAUGUCAGGUUCUGAUGUCAUCAUUAUUAAAUUACCAAUACUGGUGUGUAUUAACAUAAGUCAUGGAUUGAAUUUAUCUAAAAAAAAUUGUUUGUGCAGAAUUUUAAAUUGAUUAUUAAAUAUUUGUGAUACCAAGAACGAGAGGUGUGAUCUUUGUAGAUACUUCAAGAAUGACCCAAUAAUUGUUCUCCCAUUUAAAGUUUUAAUGCGUGAGAUAAAUAGUUAUGAUAUUUCAUUUUGCUGGUUUUUUGACCAUUUUACCAAAAUGAUUUUAUUUGCCAAACUGCUUGUUUUUUAUUUUGCUAUGUAUAUAUUAAUUGUAUUUUUAGGAAUUCUAAUUUUUUAGAAAUUACAUACUAUGUGCAUGUUAAGUUUCAGAUUUGAACUGAAAUGUCAGUAAAAGGGUUAAUCAGAAAUUACAAGGCUUUUUCAUUCUGGUGUAUAAUAUAAAAAUCGGUAUUCAGUACUCCUUUCGAGUUGUAUGUUCAUGGAAACUCAUAGUUAACUUUUUUAAAGUAAAAAAUAGUUGAAAAUUUGAAGUUAUGGUUACAUCUUUGUAUAAUAGCAGAUCAGUGAUUGAAAUUUCCAAGUCAUGUAGUUUUAUGUCUAUCUGUAAACUGUCUGUUACUUUUUGCAUAGAGAUUUAUCUUAGUAGUCCGCAUGUAUUCUUGGUAAGUGUGCAGCAAUAAUCUAAAUAAUAUUGAAAAUGACACUUUUCUGUAUUUUGAAUGAAGUUUAUAACAUUUUCAAGUUUUUACUGAAUACGGUUUUGUUUUGGUUACAAAAUAUGUUACCCUUUAAUCAUGGGCAUAUUUUAAAUUGAAUUCUCGCCUAGCGCCCGAUGGCCAAGAUUUAUGUUACACUUUGUUUGAGUUAGCAUUGACUAGAAUCAUUCAUUUUGAAAAUUUUAAUGGAAAAGAAACAAAAAUGUGAUGUCAUAUUGAUUAAUUUGAAAAUAAGUUGAUAAAAGACCAGUUAAUUAAAUUAAGUCUGGCAUAUUUGUUUCCUUAUUAUUAAUAUUGAACAUUAAAAUGCUUGCUUUCCCAGAACUUUGUAAAUAUUUUCCCUGACUGGGCCUAAUUACGGCCUAUAAUUAUUAUUAUGGCAGCACGUUAAAUUUACAUUUAAUAUGGUUCACUUCAUCAAAGUAUGAGCUUGCAAUUUCAUUUGUUGAAACCUACAGGCAUAAUUUUAUAAUGAAGCACUAAUAUUUUUUGUGUAUAAAUACAUUGAUUUUAAUACGAGUUUCAGUUUCAAUUUUAUUACUACUACCAGGCAAGAUUAUUCAAGCUAUUUGUUUCUUUCCUAUUAUUUACCUAUCUUGACUUUCGUGAUUGUAUUUGUUUGUGCUUCAUCAGUUUGCUAGCUUUAUCAGUUUGACCACCUAAAUGAAUGAAGUCCUGUAUAGCUCACUUUCACAUUCCUCAUUGUUGUACUUGUUUUGAUAGUGCCCUCAGAUGUUAGUCAUAACAGUUGGUCUGGUUGGUUUUUAAUAAAGGGUUAGAAUCGGACUUUUUAUACUUUGUGAAAAGGAACCAUUACCCAGUUAUAAGUACGGAAUUUUGUAUUCCAUAAAGUUUAUUAUUAUCCUUUGUUUUCAUCAGUCUGAAUUGCAUUCACUGGUGGUGGGGUAUGUUUAGAUUGCAAGCAAAAUGGGUGAUUGAUGACCAUUUAUGAUUAAAAAAAAUUUAUAGAUUUCAACAGUGUAAGUAAUUAUUGCAGAUGCAGUGUGCACUUUUUUAAAACGUGUAAAUGCUUUUGUUUCAUUUAUCAUCUGUACAUCUUGCUUUCCUUAGGUCUUAACUCACAUAAAAUGUUGCGGAGAGGAAGUACUAUACUGAAUAAUGGAUUAUGGGUGGUAUUGCUUUCAUUAGCCUGCAGUGUUUUCAGGUGCUGUUUAUCUGCUAAGGUUGACCUGUCAAAGACAAUUGUAUCUGGACCUGGCAUAGUGGAUGAUGCCACUUUGCCAGUGCGGUAUGUAUAUAUUCAUCCUCAUGAUAGUAAAGGAAAACCAAUCACAAAAGACCUUGGAGAUGGAGCGUUUUCAUUAACUGUCACAAAAAAUGGGCAAAAUAUCAGAGCGUGGAGACAAGUUUUAAACUUACACAAUGGAACUUAUAUUGCACGUUUUCGUCUAUAUGACUUUGGUGGGGACAUUGAAAUGUCAUUGAAGUAUCAGAGUAAACAUGUUGCUAAAUCACCGUACAAACUUAUCAAUGUAUAUGGAGAUGAGUGCUACUGUCCCAUGCCUCUUAAAAAGUGGACAGAGGCACUAAAAUGCCCUGCAACCUUUGAUCAGGUUGAAAGAGAUCUUGAAAUCUUUGAAAAAAUUGACCUUGACGAUCUUGUGAAAAAGGGAAUUCCGAAGUUUGGUGUACAUCACUCCUUUUGCCAUUAUGUUGUUAAAAGUAACAAAAUUUAUAGACAAUGCCAUGGAAAAUACACAGAUUUCAAAAUGUUCAUGGAUGCAACUCUAUUAUCAUUGACUAAAAAGUUGAAGCUUCCGGAUGUUGAGUUUUUAAUAAAUUUAGGAGACUGGCCUCUUGAGAGAGGUUCAAAGGAACAAGCUCAUCCCAUAUUUUCAUGGUGUGGUUCAGACAAAACAUUAGACAUAGUACUGCCUACUUAUGAUAUUACGCAAUCCGUAUUUGAAAUGCUUGGCAGAGUAAGUCUAGACAUAUUCUCAGUUCAAGCCAACACUGGUCCAAACUGGGAGAAAAAAUCAAAUAAAGGAUUUUUCAGAGGUCGAGAUAGUAGACAAGAACGACUUGAUCUUGCCGCAAUGAGUUUAGCAAAUCCGGAUUUGCUCGAUGUUGCAAUUACUAAUUAUUUUUUCUUCAAACAAGAUGAAGAAAAAUAUGGCAAAAAAGUGAAACAUGUAUCGUUUUUUGAAUUCUUUAAACACAAGUAUCAGCUUAAUGUUGAUGGCACUGUUGCUGCGUAUCGACUUCCUUAUUUGCUGGUCGGAGAUGGAUUAGUUUUCAAGCAGGAAUCUGAGUAUUACGAGCAUUUCUAUAAAGACUUGAAACCUUGGGUUCAUUUUGUGCCUCUAAAAAGAGACUUAUCGGAUGUCAUUGAAAAAAUUAAAUGGGCUCGUGAACAUGAUGAUGAAGCUCGGAAAAUACAACAAGCAGCUACAAAACUAGCAAGAGAAAUUUUGACUCCCGAUAGAAUCUUAUGUUACUACGUUGUUGCUUUCAAUGAGUACGCAAAACGACAGACGAGACCAGUUAAAGUUUUGAAGAAGAUGGAAAUGGUGAAACAGCCUGACAAAAAAUGUUCAUGUCAUAGAAAGAAAGCAAAACCUAAAUCAAAAAAAGAGGAGCUAUGAGAUGAUGCAAUUAAUUUAUUUUAAAUUCUUGUAGGAAAUCUCUAACUCAAUAUUAUAGCUUCCAAUGCUUAUGCAUAUUAAUGCCAGCCCUGCCUCGUGUAGCCAUGCUAUUAUAUAUGAUACACAAUAUAAUGUAAAUAUUAAACUAAUGUUGCAAUUUGUUGUGGCACUAUGGACGAAUGCUAUAACUGUACGUAAAUAGCAGUCAAUUCGUCGUAGAUAUUGAAAUGAUUACCUAAUAUCCACAGAUAGUAAUUUUGUAUACAAUGCAUGCAUAUUUUGAAUUUUCAUAUCCAUUAGUUUUACACUUCAUACAACAACAUAGCAAACAAUUUCAUUACAUGUGUAGAUCAUAAUCUUAAGGAUUAGAGAGCCUUUUUGUCUAGCAACUUGUUUAAUGCUUCCAUAUUGCCACUGUACGCUCAAAUUAUGUCUUGUUGGUAUACUUUUAUAUAUUUGAUGCCUUACUACCACUGCCAGAAAAAUUAUGUUGCUGAGUUUUUCACUGCUGCAAUUGAAUGACUUUUUUUUGUAUGUUGUAUAAUGUUCUACUAUCACACAAUGAAAUUUCUAUAGCAUAUACUCGUACCCAGGCCAUUAAAAUUAUUUCUGAUUUAUAAUUAUUAUGCAUCGUUCUUACUUUAAGAUCUAAUGAAAUUUUGCAGCAUAGGUGUGCCAUAUAUAUAACCUUUUAUCAAAAAAAUACACUUAUACAUCAAUA